UUAGAAUCUAAAACCCACCUCUCCUUUCUUCUUCCAUCCUCAUCAUAUACUCCUUCCCACCCCCCCUCUUUCUCUCUCCUCCUCAACUCCUACCACACCACCAUGUCUUUGACAAUCCCAACUAACCUCUACAAACCUCUUGCUACAAAACCACCAAAGUUUCUAUCUUCUCAAACACCAAGAUCAAAACUUGUAGUUUGUCAACAGCAAGAAAAUGAUCAACCAAAAAAGCUUGAACUAAGCAAAACAGGAACCAAUGUGGCUGCAGCUCUAGCACUAUCCUCAGUGUUGCUAUCUUCAUGGACCGUGGCGCCUGAUGCUGCAAUGGCUGAUAUUGCAGGGCUAACACCAUGCAAGGAAUCCAAGCAAUUUGCCAAAAGAGAGAAGCAACAGCUGAAGAAGCUAGAAUCAUCCUUGAAGUUGUACGCACCCGAUAGCGCGCCGGCUUUGGCGAUCAAGGCUACAAUGGAGAAGACAAAGAGAAGGUUUGAGAACUAUGGGAAUUAUGGGUUAUUGUGUGGAUCAGAUGGACUACCUCAUUUGAUAGUGAGUGGUGAUCAAAGACAUUGGGGUGAGUUUAUUACUCCUGGGAUAUUGUUUUUGUAUAUUGCAGGAUGGAUUGGGUGGGUUGGAAGGAGUUAUUUGAUUGCUAUUAGAGAUGAGAAAAAACCUACUCAAAAGGAGAUUAUUAUUGAUGUUCCUUUGGCUUCAAGACUUCUUUUUAGGGGAUUCAGUUGGCCUGUUGCUGCUUACAGAGAGUUGUUGAAUGGUGAACUUAUUGACAGCAAUGUUUAAAUUAUGUCAUGUUUUAUGUUGGUGAUCAAAUUGUUGUCUACUUUUGAUUAUGUGUAUGUAAUAUACUCCAAUUUGGAUACAUUAUUGUGGUUGUGACUUGAUCA